UUUCCCAAUAUAAUAUAAGUGACACAACACCAUUAGAACAAAACAAAAAUUUCCACGCGUGUGGGGAAACCAAAUCCAGUCCCUAAUCAAAUCGGAAAGUCACAGGUUGUCGGUCCCAUGUCUAUAAAACCUUUAUUGUUAUUCAUACUUAAUUUCUUGUUCUAUAAUAAAACAUCAAAGGAUUCUCCUAAACUGUUUUGCUGCCAACUCCUCAAAUUGUAUGUUCUCCUUUUUCUUUUUGUCUCACUAGUGUCUCUUUUGUUAAUCCCCCCCCCCUAAUCCAACAACCAAAAUCCCCCAGACCAACUUUAAUGUUAAAAUAUGAUUAUUCACUGCAUAGGUAUCUAUUUAUGGGUUGUGGUAGAGUUCCGACUCGUAGUUAUAAAGUUAAAAUCCUGAAUCUGCCUCUAGUUAUAGUUGCACUUUCAGGAUUAUGAUUUCUAAAGCUUAACAUGUGUAACAUUUUAUGUGUUCCCAAAGUUAUAGUUGUACUUCUUGUCCAAACAUGUCUUUCUUCAUGGCAUACUUAGUAAUUGGUACUUAGUUUGUAUAAAUGAAUGUGUGUAGUGAAGAAUAUCACCAAAGGUUAUAGUGGACUGGUAAGUACUCCUGUAUCCUUAAACAGAACUUUCGAGUUCGAGCCUUGAGUAUAGAGUCGUCUUUGGUUGGUAGGGAGCGCUUUUACCCCCUAAGUGAAACUUCCGUAUGCAAAUCUGAAUUUUUUCGGGCCCCAAUUGUGUAGAGAUUAAACGUUUAGGGAGAAAGUGAAUCAGAAUGGUCCUUAAUGCAUAAGGGCUGCUUUAUUUUGAUCCUUGAUGUAUACCCGUUGACAUAUAUAGUCCUUAAUGGGGUAAAAAGGUGGCUAAUUUGGUCCGGAAAUUUAAGUUUAGCAGAAUUUUUAGAACAAACUGUUAGGGUCAAACCUAAAGUAAAUCUCUAACAUACAUUCAACAUCUUAAAGUAUGACAUUACAUUCUUGACUGGAGUUUAAAGUUGGAUUUGUUUUAUGCAGCAUGCUGAAACUUGUUCUCACUUAUGUUUAAGUUCCUCUUUUUUUGCCAAUGAUCAGAAGUCAGCAUGGCGAUGACAGAUAGCGGUAACAUACUUGCAGUUGGAGGGGACGAACUAGAUAGACUUACGGAUCUUCCUAUUAAUGUCAUACACCAGAUUCAGGAUCACAUGUCCAUUGGGGACGCUGCAAGAAUGAGUGUUUUGUCGAGAACGUGUAGAUAUAUUUGGGCUUCAAACCCGAAGCUCGUAUUUGAUACAAAGUUUUGCACAAAGAGAACGUCAUCAAAUACAAUAGACAUGAUUAACACAAUUCUAUUGCAGCACCAUGGAGCCAUUAAGAUAUUCCUCCUGGAUAUUCCAAGUAUUCAUUCUUCUCAGCAUUCAGUUGUUGACCGAUGGAUGCUAUUUUUGUCAAGAAACGGCCUCGUGGAUCUAGUUAUUGAAAAUCGAAACAAUGUCAAUGCUCCUUACAAAUUGCCUUCCUAUGUGUACAGUGUGGCACUAGAACGUUUGGCCUUGUUGAACUGCAUUUUCAAGCCGCCAUGCCAUUUUCAGGGUUUCCACAUGCUCAAAUGGCUUGACCUUAGACUAGUUGCCUUUGAAUUAGAUGCUGCCACUUCUUCCCUCUGGAUGCCAAACCUUGAGAAUCUGGGUUUUAUAUUCUGCAGCGGGCUUCAUUUCUUGAAUAUAUAUGCCCCAAAACUUCUUGUUUUGUGUCUCUAUGGCUGUGGCGCCGACACCCUAAACAGACAAGAUAAAGCAAUGAAAUUGACAGAUCUCAUCAUCAGCAGCUCGCCUAACCUUAGUGGUCUUACACUGGGCAGAUACUUCCUCAAGUUUUUUGCUUCUGGUACUAAAGCAGAGAGUCUUCCCACUCGCCUCACCAGAUUGAGAUGUCUCUUUAUUUGGGAUUAUGAUUUUGACAGUGAAGAUCAAUUAUUUGCCCUUCUAAGCAUUCUUAGAAGUUCUCCCAAUUUGAAGACACUUCAAUUUCUUACGUUGCUCCAGUGGAAGGAAGGUGACAUGGAAGUGGAUGUAAAUAAUUUUCAAGGACCAGACUACGGUUCUCAACGACUCAAUAACUUUCAAAUAUUGCAAAUAAACAAAUUCCGUGGUUCAAGAGCUGAAUUGCUUUUUAUAAGGUUUAUACUAGUCUCUGCCCCUUUACUCCGGAAGGCCAUCCUUUUGGUAGAUACAAGUUUGAAUGAAAGCCAAUCCUUGAAGAUCUCACAAGAGUUGAUGCGGUUCCCUCGGGCAUCUCCUAAAUCAGAAAUAAUAUUCGAACCAUGGUCAAUAGAACGAGCCAGGCUAUCACUAGCGUAGAGGAUCCUUUAUUUUGUGUCAUGUACUGCCUAUCAGCGUUGGAUAAUUAUACUUUUGGUUCCUUAGUUAUCCAGAAAUUCUAAUGUUGGUUCUUUUGGCGUCCUACUUGCAUAGCUUGAAGGAUUUUGUGUUGUUUAUACUGAGAUUAAUUAAAACACUCGGUGCAA